CAAACCACAAUUAGCAACGAACGCUACAAUGCUGCUUCUCAACUGCCUUAAUGUGAUCGGCGUUGCAGCCGUUAUAGGCUUGCUUUUUUGCGCCUUUCGGAUGGUAUACAACAUCUUCUUCCACCCGCUCGCCAAAUUUCCGGGUCCGCCGCUCUGGAAGGCAACUUGCCUACCCUAUGUCUACUACAUGGCGAAGGGCAAACUUACUUUUCGCCUGCUACCGUUGCACGCGAAGUACGGCUCGGUAGUGCGCAUUGCCCCAGACGAGCUCUCGUUUACCGCAGCCGAGGCCUGGACUGAUAUUUAUGGCCAUCGGGUUGGCAUGAAUGCAGGCGUGGACGAGCUGCCCAAGUCCGAGAGGUUUUACCGAACGAAGGGUACCUUACCCAAUAUCAUCGGUGAGAAUCGCGAGAACCAUGCAUUGCUAAGGCGAGUGUUAAGCCAUGGGUUCAGCGAGCGUAGUCUACGCGAGCAGGAGCCCAUCAUUGUGGGGUAUGUCGAUCAGCUAGUGCGCCAACUGCGGAAGUACUGCGUUGAUGGGGAUCGUCCGGAUGAGAAGAGACGAGGACGGAUGGACCUGAAAUCGUGGUAUAAUUGGGUUACAGUCGAUAUAAUCAGUGAUCUGACUUUCGGGGAGGGGUCCGGCUGCCUAGAGCGUGCUGCGUACGAUCCAUGGGUAGUGGCCAUUAAUGGCACCAUCGAGGAUUUCAUACCGCUGCUGGUCCUCAGGUACCUGGGGCUCGAGGAUCCGUUUAACUGGCUGGUGAGACGAUUCUUCAACAAGAAGCGCAAGAAUCAUACUCAGCAGUCGACGGAAAAGCUGCGCCGCCGCAUGGAUUUAGAAACGCAGAGGCCAGAUUUUAUCGAUUGCAUUUUGCAAAAGAAGGACGCCUGGAAUCUCCAGUUCGAACAGCUCUUGGGUAACGCAAGUACGCUCUUGGUUGCCGGCUCGGAGACAACAGCUACACUCCUUACCGCCAUGACUUUCAUUUUAUUAAAGCACCCGGAGGCGUUGAACAAAUUGACACAGGAAAUACGUUCUUCAUUCACCUCAGAUAACGAGAUCACUUUGGCCUCAGUCACAAACUUACCGUAUAUGCUUGCCUGCCUGAAUGAGGCAAUGCGAUAUUAUCCACCUGUUCCUAUCGGCCCGCUCCGAACGGUUCCUAAAGGAGGUGUGAACAUUGCGGGCCAUUUCGUCCCUGAAGGAACCGAUGUUGCUGUGUGGCAUUGGCCUAUGUUCCAUGACCCCAAGCACUUCGAACGCCCGAUGGAAUAUCGUCCAGAGCGAUUUUUGAGAGACGGAUCUGCCCCUAUGUUCCAUGACCCUAGGCAGUUCAAACGCGACACGGAACCUCCUUCGGAGCGAGUUUCCAAGGACCGGUCUCCGGAGUUCGCUGGCGAUAAUCUCAAAAUGGUCCAGCCCUUUAACAUUGGCCCAAGAAACUGUUUGGGUCGCAACCUAGCGUAUGCUGAAAUGCGGCUCAUUCUCGCGCGCAUGAUUUUUAACUUUGAUAUUGAACUUGCGGAUCCGGAUUUCAAUUGGUUGGAUCAAAAAGCAUACUUCUUAUGGUCGAAGCUGCCCUUAGACGCGUACUUGACACCAGUGACGAAGAAUGAGCAGCAGCGAUGAGUCAGACGAUAAACGAGCCAGAGUUGGACUUUUUACGGUUAAACAAUUGUCGAGGGAAGAAUGCCGUUUGCCUCUUUUGCGUGUCAAGUUGAAACUUACUAUUUACUCUUUAUAGCAUUACGCCUAGUUUUACCUACUUGUGCACUGUUUAU